GUGCCUUUUUAUUUAGAUACAAGGCAGCUGAUACUAACUUGCUGUGUUAUCCAGGAUACAGUCUCUUCUUGGUUGCUGCCCAUGAAUUCGGCCACGCAAUGGGAUUAGAGCACUCGGAGGACCCCGGAGCUCUCAUGGCCCCAAUCUACACCUACACCAAGAACUUCCGACUUUCUCAGGAUGACAUUAAGGGGAUCCAGGAGCUAUAUGAAGUAUCACCUGAUGUGGAACCCGGACCAGGGCCAGGACCAGGGCCAGGACCACGUCCUACCCUUGGACCUGUCACUCCAGAGCUCUGCAAGCACGACAUUGUAUUUGAUGGAGUCGCACAAAUUAGAGGAGAAAUAUUUUUCUUCAAAGACAGAUUCAUGUGGAGAACUGUAAACCCUCGAGGAAAACCCACAGGUCCUCUUCUUGUUGCUACAUUCUGGCCUGAUCUACCAGAGAAAAUCGAUGCUGUCUACGAGUCCCCUCAGGAUGAGAAGGCUGUAUUUUUUGCAGGAAAUGAGUACUGGGUUUAUACAGCCAGCAACCUGGAUAGGGGCUAUCCAAAGAAACUCACCAGCCUGGGACUACCCCCCGACGUGCAACGCGUUGAUGCAGUCUUCAACUGGGGCAGAAACAAGAAGACAUAUAUUUUCUCUGGAGACAGAUACUGGAAGUACAAUGAAGAAAAGAAAAAAAUGGAGCUUGCAUCCCCAAAAUUCAUUGCGGAUUCUUGGAACGGAGUUCCAGAUAACCUCGAUGCUGUCCUGGGUCUCACUGACAGCGGGUACACCUACUUUUUCAAAGACCAGUACUAUCUACAAAUGGAGGACAAGAGUUUGAAGAUUGUUAAAAUUGGCAAGAUAAGUUCUGACUGGUUGGGUUGCUGAACUGUAGAAUAUAUUAAUAACCAAAUAUUUACUUUUUUGUUAUAUACCUUAUCUGUAAUUAGAAAUAGAUCUGAAUGUCAAUUACUGGACCAGUCUGGUACUGGCACCAAAACAUUAAGUACCAGUACUGUACACAUCUGGUAAUUUAAAAGUGUUUGCCUCCUCAACAUACAAAAGAUGUUUACGUAUAUAUUCUGGUACAAUUUUUCAGUUUUUGUGCUAGUCAUAGCAAUGCUAGUAACAGAACAUGCACGGUUCUUUAUUUCCCUGGUGCUUGAAGAAAGCAUUGAAAUCAUUGGAGACUGGAUCAGGCCCCUGUGUUAGAUACAUCUCAAAUAGCCUCAAGUAAGAUGUACCAGCAGUGCACUUUGAUUUUUUUAAUUUUUUUUUUAAAUACAACUCUUUUAUAAAUAGAUGGUUUGUCUUAAUGUUUUUAACCCUCUUGCGAGUUUGAUCAUUACUUCCAUUUAUUUACAUAAUGAUACAGAAAGACUGUCAAAGGCACAGGUUGCCUCGGGAUUUGAUUUGUAUUGAUGCAUGAUGGAAUCAUGGCAAGAAACUGUAUUAAAGUAUUGUUUUAAAGUACUUUCUAUUUUAAAACCUUAGUUCAACUUAGCAAUUUGCUUCCUGCACUUUGUUACUGCUCUAUAACUUGUCUAUACAGACAGAAUGACUCAGAUUUUUUAAGUCAAUGCAUUAUACACAGAAGUCAAGUAUUAUUGUUUACCUUGUUUUAUUUUCCUGUUCUUUAUAAUAUUGAGUUUUUGUUUGGUUAGGCUUUCUGCUUACGCAUUGGGAACAGAGGGAGUUCUUUUCACAUUUGAUGGAAUGUUUCUCGUUUAAAAAAAAAGUAAAAAUAAAUUCAGGAAACAACGUCCCAAACAUGAAAUGCCAAUGAUACAAAUAAAAUUAAAUUACACUGCCAACACUU